AUGUCGGAAGGAAGAUUGUGUCAGGUGCAUCUGCUGGAUGACAGGAAGUUGGAGCUGCUGGUUCAGCCCAAGCUGCUGUCACGUGAGCUACUGGACUUGGUGUCGUCCCAUUUCAACCUCAAGGAAAAGGAAUUCUUUGGACUAACGUUUAUCGACGACAAUGGUCAGUGUAAGUGGUUGCAGCUGGACCGCCGAGUUCUCGAGCACGACUUUUCCAAGAAGACUGGACCCAUUGCCCUCAACUUUCUGGUCAGGUUUUACGUGGAAAACAUCACUCAGCUGAAGGACAUCAUAACAGUGGAGCUGUUCUUCCUGAAUGCAAAAUCUGCCGUCCACAAUGGGAUUAUAGAGGUGGAAAGUGAAAACGUCUUCAAAUUAGCUGCAAACGCUCUGCAGGAGGCUAAAGGAGACUACACAAGUGAUGAAAACACCAGAGCUGACCUAAAGAAGCUUCCAACUCUUCCCACCAAAGUGCUCAAGGAGCAUCCAUCACUUGCAUACUGUGAGGACCGGGUGAUUGAACACUACAGACAGCUGAAAGGCGUCUCCCGUGGACAGGCCAUCGUGCAGUAUUUGACUUUGGUGGAAACCUUGCCCACGUAUGGUGUCCAUUACUAUGAAGUAAAGGACAAACAAGGGAUCCCAUGGUGGCUUGGGAUCAGCUACAAAGGCAUUGGCCAGUACGAUCUGCAGGACAAACUGAAACCAAGAAAGCUAUACCAGUGGAAGCAGCUUGAAAAUCUCUACUUUAGGGAAAAGAAAUUUGCUGUAGAGGUUAAUGAUCCACACAGGAGGGCGGUGACCAAGCGCACCUUUGGGCAGACAGGCCUGCUCAUCCACACGUGGUACGCCAGUCAUUCUCUGAUCAAAAUCAUAUGGGUCAUGGCCAUUAGUCAACACCAGUUCUACUUGGACAGAAAGCAAAGCAAAGCCAAAUUAGGCACAACAAGAAGUUUAGAGGAACUUGCCAUGGAUCUCACAGAGCAUGCCGGGUCAAAGAUAACCAGACUGGGAGACACAGGGCUGAAGAACAACCUCAUAAUGGCCAGCAAUGGAAGCCUGGUGUCUACAGGAUCUGCAGACUCGGAAGUGAGUGAAGAACAGAAGAAAGAGAAAAUUUCUGAGCUGAGGAAAAAAGAACAGGAGAUCCAAGAGAUUCUGGCAAAGAAAACAAAAGAGCUUAAGAAAAUCUGUCUGAGGGAGGCAGAGCUUACAGGAAAGCUGCCAAAGGAGUACCCCCUGUCUGCUGGCGAAAGACCCCCUCAGGUCAGACGACGAGUUGGCACCGCUUUCAAGUUAGACGACCUUUUCCCCUACAAUGAGGACCCCUACCUAAGAAAUCUGGAGAGCAGGUUUGCACUGCAGCAGAAGAUUGUAGAAGCGGCUAAAAAGUUGGCAAAUGAAGCCGAACUGUGUAAAACAGUCAAGAAGAAGAGGAGAAGAAACUGUCUGGAUGCCAUGCACAAACUCCAGCAGAUAGAGGACGAAAUGAACCAGUACAGAAUCAAGAAGGGGAAGAAGCCGACCCAGAGAGCCUCAGUGAUCAUCGCAGAUGAACUCAUCCGCUCAGACUGCAGUUCCCUCUCUAGUCUACCGUUGGAUGAUGAUGAAUCCGACAUUGCCAGCCAAAGGCCGCGGUCACGUUCGGUCCAAGGCUCCCCUCAGCUUAGCCCUCUGCGUUCACUUGCGACGGAGUAUGAUGUGGAGAGACAGGGAUCACCGAGGGAAAACCACCAUCACAAGAACCUCAGCAGAUUAGCUUUUGAAGGCCAGGAGCCCUCCCACUACUGCCAGAGUCCCAGAGACGUCUCCUCCACCCACAGUAGCCCCUAUAAAACCCUCCCCAGGCCUCUCAGAGAUCCACGCAGCAUGCCUCCUACCCCGGUCAUGACCCGCAAUGCCUACAGCAGCAGCCAGCUCAGGUCAGAGGGUGCUUCUUAUUGCUUCAGGCAUCGCAGUGGGAGUCUAGAGUCCCAGCCUCAACCAAGAAAGGACACAGACUCAGAAAAGCCCGCGUUUACCAUGUCACCGGCCCACCGCAGCAACAGCACAGAAGCCCUAGAGGACUGCUCUUCCUACACCAGUCAGUCCAGUUUGGACUAUUGUGGAGCAGCCAACCCCCACUACUGUACACUGGACUCCCGAACCCCAAAUCUGCAUCAUCUACACAGGAGAGUGGAAGUGUACGGGAAUACGGGAAGCAUGCCCAAUUUGGUCCAACACCAUUCCGGUUCUAGUUAUGGAUACGAGUCCCCAGCACACUAUGCACCCAGUGCCUACUACGUAGCCGGCUACCCCUGUCCGGAUAUGGAGCCUUACUCCAAUGGUGCCUAUGUGUAUGAGAAUGAAGUCGAGGGCCACUACAAUGUCAACCCUUCUUAUCAAAUGAAUGGUUACAAUGGACAUGACAGAUAUAGGCAGUACAGCAGCGACCGAGCCGAUGGUCUUUCCCAGAACCCCUAUGCCACAAUGCGGCCGCCAAGGAGCAGGCAAGGCCCCAGGAAUGAGCUGCUGGCCAAAAACAUGCAGAAGGCACUGGUAGCAGAGCACUUGCGGGGCUGGUACCAACGCAGCGGUGGCCAUAAGGAGGCAGGACGAGGGAUGUUGGCCGGCUAUGACUUCGACAGUGGCUCUCAACUCAGCCUGGGCUAUCAGACCAUGCCCACUCCCUUCAGUCACUCCAGUCGGGCCACAUCCUACUCUUCAGUGUCCUCGGUGGCCAGUACAGGGAACUGGCGUAACCAGCUAGCCGUGGGAUUGUCAGACUAUGACAUGCCAGAUGCACCUCAGUACCCACACAAUGGAGCACAUGCUGCACCUUACAGCCGCAGUCCCACACACAACAGAUUUCACCUGAGCAGAGACUACAUGGGCAUCCACUGAAGGAGAUUCAACCUAACAUGGGCACAAAUGACCCGAGGACCGGCAGCACGUGAAGGGAAUGGUGAAGUCGGAUCAUGGACUGCUGUACAAUAAUAAUCUGUCGCCGCCGUAAUGCCGCGUCUUGGGAGAGGCUCCGCCUGUUGCGAGUCAAGACAACCCUCAUCUUGAAUAACCUCUGAACACAAUGACGACACUCUUGAAUGACUUUCCCAUGUGCCUUUGAUUGGAUGGAUGAAGAAUCAUCCAGGCAGUGGAGAAAAAAAAAGCGACAAAAGGAAAACAACACUUUACCUAACUCAACCUGCUGUUUUGACAAGAACUGGCUAUUACCUAAUCUGAAAUGAUAGGUGAUUUCACCUCUUUAAAGUGUGAUUAAGAACAUCGAACAUAACGUCCUUCCAAUCUUCACAAAUGUGACGUUACAAAAAAAUA